UCAGUCUAAAACAGACCAAGCACGCAAAUCCGCCCAGAGACGCAACGAUCAGGUUUGCGGGAGACACAGCUUAGCUAGCGGAGCAAAGUUGAACAGAAGAGAAGUAAAUUGAUUUCGAGAUUCAAGUGAUUUUUCUCUUUCUGUGAACAAGUGAUGGAGUCGAACGAGUCAUCAUACAUGUAUUCACCGGAGGCGCCGAGGAUGGGAUCUCCACCACCUCCGGAAUCACCGACUUCAGAUUCUGCAGAGAAGCAAACAUAUGUUAGGUUUCUUGUGUCAAAUGCUGCAGCUGGUUCUGUCAUUGGAAAGGGUGGCUCGAUGAUAACUGAUUUUCAGUCUCAAUCUGGAGCCCGAAUCCAGCUAUCACGCAAUCAUGAAUUUUUCCCGGGAACCACAGAUAGGAUAAUUAUGAUAUCUGGAACAUUUGAUGAUGUGUUAAAAGCUAUGGAACUUGUUCUUAUAAAAUUGUUGAGUGAGCUUCGCAGUGAAGAAGGCAGUGAUGUUGAACCAAGAACAAGAGUGAGACUAAUUGUUCCAAAUAGUUCUUGUGGUGGCAUAAUUGGGAAAGGAGGGUCGACAAUAAAGUCAUUUAUUGAAGACUCUCAAGCUGGGAUUAAGAUAUCUCCUCAAGACAAUAACUUUUAUGGAUUCAGUGACAGGCUAGUGACACUCACAGGCUCUCUAGAUGAGCAAAUGCGCGCUAUUGAAUUGAUUUUAUCAAAGCUAUCUGAAGAUUCUAACUACUACAAAACUAUGAAUGCCCCUCUGGCAUAUCCAGCGGUGUCAUACAAUUCGAUGAGCUAUGGACCAAGUGCUGCUGUAGGGAAGUUUCAGAAUAACAAGGAGGAUCGCUUUGACUCCAUAACAAUUGGUGUUUCUGACAGUCACAUUGGGUUGGUUGUUGGUCGGGGAGGAAGGAAUAUCAUGGAAAUCAGCCAGGUUAGUGGAGCCAAGAUAAAAGUAUCCGAUAGAGGUGAUUUCAUGACGGGAACAACUGACAGGAAAGUCACAAUCACUGGACCUCCUAGAGCAAUCCAGACAGCUGAGUCCAUGAUUAUGCAGAAGGUGGCGUAUGCUGCGGAGAAGGCAAUGGAUUAGGUUUCAAGUAUCCAUUGUUAUUGUUAAUUCUUUCUGGACAUGCUUGCUAUUUCCUAAUUAUUUUGGCAAUCUUUACAACACAUCCACAUAGCUUGUCCUAAUGAGUUUCUUUGAAUGCAAAAGAGUGUGAUAAGUCUGAUAGAGAAACGAGAACUGGAGACAAGUACACAGGCAAAGUUCUUUACAAGAAAUUUUCAUGGGAAUACAUACUCUCUUGGGGAAAAAAAAAAACAAAGGAAGAAAUGUUGUCGGAAUAGGUCAGUGUCAACUUGACCAAAUAUAGAAUUAGCAUAAUUUAAUUUUUUUUUCACAGAGUUUGUAAGUGUCCAGUUAGCUAAGUGUUGUCUUGUGUUUUCCUAGGAUGCUAUGGUUGAGGAUUUUGCUGUUGUAACAUUUGUUCAUUUGGUUAUGUGCUUCUUCAUUUACACAUUUGUUCUCAGAUAUUAUUUUAGAACUUCUAAACAUACUUGUCUGCUGU